CUUACACUUGGUCAACUGAUUACUUGAACCUUAGUACCAUGCUAAGUGCCGGUCAAGAUCCUAGAGACAAAGAGCCACCAAUGAUUGACCACUCAGCAGAUCUUCUAGACAUUAUGCCAAUGGACUACAUAGAGACUCAGUCUACUACCAGUACCAUGUCUUAUGACUCAGUACCACCAACAACUGCUGAUGUACUCAUGUCCAACAUUGAAGCACUGACCAGUCUGCAAGAAGUCACAUCUUACCUGCAACACGUUAACGUCCAAAGCAACAACGCACACAUGCCGUACAAUGUACAUAGCCAAGUGAUGCCACCAGUGCCAACAAUUCAGCCACCUCCAGGUCUACCAGGUCUACCAGCACCAAGCGCAUUCUCGUCAGUUGUCAAAAGACCAAACGCACAAGAUCUCUGGCGUUCAACAUUAGUUCAGCCACCACCAGACUUUUCUGUGUACAACCCAUCUGGAAAGCUGCCAGAAACACACACUCAACAAACAGCCUUUGAUCCAGAGAAUGCUGAGAUCGAUGACUCCUACUGUGUCCUCUGUAAAAGAAACGGCGAGGUCCGUGAGUGGUACACUUCUCAUGUGUUGAAAGACAAUCGUGGUAAAGUAGCUUGUCCCAUCCUUAGGAAGUACACGUGUCCAACAUGUGGAGCUACCGGUGACAACGCGCACACUAUUCGCCAUUGCCCAAAGUCUAGCAACAAACAGAAGUCAUCUGCCAGUAGUAACAAAGGUUUCAGAGUGUAAAUAACUGUCUUUUAGAACUUUUAGUGCUUACCAGAUACUGUUUUAGUGCUUUGCUUUACAAUAGUAUGCUAGCUUCUACUGACAAUUUAACAUAGUAUAUAU